ACAACUACUACUGCUCCUACAACUACUACUGCUCCUACAACAACUACUGCUGAUACUACGACAACUACUGCUCCUACAACAACUACUGCUCCUACAACAACUACUGCUGAUACUACGUCAACUACUGCUCCUACAACAACUACUGCUGAUACUACGUCAACUACUGCUCCUACAACAACUACUGCUGAUACUACGUCAACUCCUGCUCCUACAACAACUACUGCUCCUACAACAACUACUGCUCCUACAACAACUACUGCUGAUACAACAACUACUGCUCCUACAACAACUACUGCUCCUACAACAACUACUGCUCCUACAACAACUACUGCUCCUACAACAACUCCUGCUGAUACUACAACUACUGCUCCUACAACAACUAUUGCUGAUACAACAACUACUGCUCCUACAACAACUACUGCUCCUACAACAACUACUGCUCCUACAACAACUACUGCUCCUACAACAACUACUGCUGCUGCUCCUACAACAACUACUGCUGAUACUACGACAACUACUGCUCCUACAACAACUACUGCUCCUACAACAACUACUGCUGAUACUACGUCAACUACUGCUCCUACAACAACUACUGCUCCUACAACAACUACUGCUGAUACUACGUCAACUACUGCUCCUACAACAACUACUGUUCCUACAACAACUACUGCUGAUACUACGUCAACUACUGCUCCUACAACAACUACUGCUCCUACAACAACUACUGUUCCUACAACAACUACUGCUCCUACAACAACUACUAGUCCUACAACAACUACUGCUCCUACAACAACUACUGCUCCUACAACAACUACUGCUGAUACUACGUCAACUACUGCUCCUACAACAACUACUGCUCCUACAACAACUACUGCUGAUACUACGUCAACUCCUGCUCCUACAACAACUACUGCUGAUACUAUGUCAACUACUGCUCCUACAACAACUACUGCUCCUACAACAACUACUGCUGAUACUACGACAACUACUGCUCCUACAACAACUACUGCUCCUACAACAACUACUGCUGAUACUACGACAACUACUGCUCCUACAACAACUACUGCUCCUACAACAACUACUGCUCCUACAACAACUACUGCUGAUACUACGACAACUACUGCUCCUACAACAACUACUGCUCCUACAACAACUACUGCUCCUACAACAACUACUGCUGAUACUACGUCA